CUUUGGCCAAACGAUACUCCUCCGCAUCGUCUAUACUGAUUCUAGCACAACAUGACCAUCUUUCAGUUACUUCCGGGUACAUAAAAAGGCUGACCGCUUAAGACAGCCCUCCGUAAACCUGAUUGGCUCUCGGACCUCUCGGGAAACCGUUUCUUAAUUGUGAUUGGACAGCUAACGACUUAUGUUUUCAGUGACAUGUAGCCACAAACGGUUGGAUACGUAACGAGGUCAUAAGCACCUCAGGGGGUACUCCCUGGUAGGAGACAGGUUAUGAAGAAGAAGAAGGCCUGAACUGUAAUGAAACAUUUUGGUAUACUCCAUAUGGAUUCUUCAUGCUGACCCUUGCUUUUCCCAAACUGAGUAGAACAUUGGUGCGAGUGAGGAGACUGGCGGCUCAGCUCUCCAAAGCAACCAUGUCUACAAACCUCCAGGGCUCCAGUCCGUCCUGUGCAGCCAACAGGGAUGCUCCCACUGCAGCCAUUCUCAUCAUUGGAGAUGAGAUACUCAAGGGUCACACACUGGACACAAACAGUGCCUUUCUGACACGAGCACUAAGAAAGCUCGGAGUGUCUGUGCAGCGCAUAACAGUCAUACCAGAUGUACAGGAGGUCAUUGCCAAAGAGGUGGCCCUCCUUUCCCCUCAGUUUACACACCUCAUCACCGCAGGGGGCAUAGGCCCCACCCAUGAUGAUGUCACCUUUGAGAGCGUUGCCAUGGCAUUCCAAGAGGAGUUAUAUCCCCACCCUGAGCUCACCCAACUGGUUGAGGAAUUCUUCGGGGUGUUGGAUAAAAACCGUGCUGCUAUGAAGCUCGCCAUGGUGCCUCGCUCAGCCAAACUCAACUAUGGAACUGACCCUCAGACUGGACAACUGCUCCGCUACCCACUGGUCAGUGUGCGUAAUGUGUAUAUCUUUCCUGGGAUCCCGUCUCUGAUGGAGAGGGCCUUCAAUGGGCUGGAGCACCUCUUUGCUGGUUCAAGAACCACUUUUCACACCCGUGAGGUGUUUGUGGAUGCAGACGAAGCAGAGAUCGCCCCUGUGCUGACCAAACUGCAGGCUGAUUGGGGCCGGAAAGUGGCUCUUGGCUCCUACCCUGACUGGUUGAGCAACUAUCACAGAGUCAGGCUGGUACUGGACUCAGAUAGCCAGGAGGAGGUGAACAAAGCCCGGGCACUGCUGCUGGACAAGCUGCCCAAGGGAAGCGUGGUGCCCUUAGUCACUGACCCGGUGUCCAUCGCCACUUCUGAGGUGUACACACUGGCCAACAGCGGCACAGCGUUGGGUGAGAAAGUUAUGUCUGCGCUGAAAACGAUAGAGGCUGCACUGGAUCAGUAUUCGACAGAGGAAGUCUGCAUCGGCUUCAAUGGAGGCAAAGACUGCACAGCGUUGCUCCAUCUCUACUAUGCAGCACUGAAACGGCGAUAUCCAGAUGGUAAAGACAAGGUGAAAGCCCUGUAUAUCCGAAUUGUCUCUCCAUUCCCAGAAAUGGAGAGAUUCCUUCAAGACACGAUAAAAAGAUAUGACUUGGAGAUAUUCUCUGUGGAGGGCAGUAUACGGCAGGCGCUGAGCGAGGUGCAGGAGAAGAGACCGGAGCUGAAAGCUGUCCUGAUGGGCACCAGGAGGAGUGACCCCUACUCACACACUCUCACGGGCAUGUGUCCCACUGACCCCGGCUGGCCAGACUACAUGAGAGUCAACCCAUUACUAGACUGGACAUAUCAUGACAUCUGGUCGUUCUUGAGGAUGUUACAUGUGCCCUACUGUAUUCUCUAUGAUAAAGGAUACACUUCACUGGGCAGUAUGGACAACACCUGUCGAAACACUUCCCUCCAGAUGGUGGAUGAGAGGGGGGUGACGCGAUACAAGCCGGCCUACCUCCUGGAGAACGAAGAAGAGGAGCGAAACUCCCGUGCCUAAUGUAGUCUCACUUCUCAACGUGUGACCUGUUGCUGACGGAGCCCGGAUUUCAGAUCUUGGGUCAACCCCUACACACAUAUACAACUGAAAAUGAAACAUAGACAUUUAAAAAAAAAAAAAGGUUUGUGGAAUAUCAGCAGAAUAAGAUUGCUAAGAGUGUGUGUGUGUGUGUGUGUGUGUGUGUGUGUGUGUGUGUGUGUGUGUGUGUGUGUGUGUGUGUGUGUGUGUGUGUGUGUGUGUGUGUGUGUGUGUGUGUGUGUGUGUGUGUGUGUGUGUGUGUGAUUUGUUUACACGUGAGUUUCAGGCUAAAGUAAUUGCUCUCUGCUGUUGAAUAAAACAUCAAUCUGUGUCA